GAAAGAAGGCAAAAUGGUUCCAAAGCCUAGAAGAUGAAGUAAUUGAACAUAAAAGAACAAGGACAAUUAAAAGAAUAUACCAGAGAGCAGAAAGAAACAACAUGAGCUUAAAGGCAACUUUAACGGAAAUUAAGUUAGACCAGAAACUGAGAGAAUGGAUUCUGCUCAAAGAAGGUAAAGGUGCUCAUGAAUUUGGCAAGAUAAGAAGAAAAUAUGGCAAGGAAAGGAGAACACUUAUUGUAGAGCAUUGGACAAAAGCA